AUGCUCUCAGCCGAUCCCAAUGCAAGUCUACGUCCUACAGCAGACGCAGAUGCCCAUUUUGGAUACAGUACUACGUUCCGGAGACACCAGGUCGAAAACUCAUUAGCUUCACCUCGCCACAUCGCAACCGGAGCACAGAGUCUAUGGUCCAAAGUACUCACAACAGUGACCGGCCAGCCGUCGGAAGAGGAUCGUCUGGAAAAUGGUCGUGAAACACCUGCACCUAGACGAACUGAAAGUAGUCAUACAGCAUCGGAAAAAUUUGCACAUGCAUCGGUGGAAGACACCAUAAAUCACUUUCGAACUUCCUCUACAACUGGCUUGCUACUCUCUGAUAUUUCCCAUCUUCUUACGGAAUAUGGCUACAACGAAUUCUCCGUAUCUGCGCCUGAGCCUGUGCUCAUUAAAUUUGCCAAAACUAUCUACGAGAGUCCGCUCAUUUUGCUAUUAUGUGGAAGCGCGACUGUCAGUGCAAUCAUGGGCAACAUCGAUGAUGCAGUCAGUAUCACUGUCGCGGUCUUGAUUGUCUUAACUGUGGGGUUUGUACAAGAGCGUCGAUCAGAGAAGAGUUUGGAGGCAUUGAACAAACUCGUUCCGCAUCAUUGUCAUGUCGUCCGCUCGUCCCAAACUCAUCACAUACUCGCAAACGAACUUGUACCGGGAGACCUUGUUUCAUUCAGUACCGGGGACCGAAUACCUGCUGACAUCCGUAUAGUAUCUGCUGUAGAUUUGGAGAUUGACGAAAGCAGUCUGACAGGCGAAACGGAAGCGCGAACUAAGGAUCCCAAUACCUGCAGUUUUGAUAACUCAUCACAGGGCUUUGGUGGAAUUAACGGAGUCACUGUAGGUGAGCCCGUGGCAUUAGCAGACCGGUCUUGUAUCGCGUAUAUGGGUACUUUGGUGCGAAAUGGUCGAGGAACGGGUGUGGUCAUUGCCACAGGAACAUCCACUGAAUUUGGUAUCAUAUUCUCCAUGAUGCAAGACGUGGAAGAAAAACGGACGCCGCUUCAAUUGAGUAUGGACGAGCUGGCCCAGAAGCUGUCGAUACUUUCAUUUGGAGUGAUCGGGAUGAUAUGUCUGAUUGGUGUGCUACAAAGACGAAGCUGGUUAGAUAUGUUUACAAUUGGUGUAUCCCUCGCUGUUGCGGCUAUUCCGGAAGGUCUUCCAAUUGUCACAACUGUGACAUUGGCUCUCGGUGUAUUGAGAAUGUCGAAAAGGAAGGCAAUUGUCAAGAAGUUGCAUUCUGUCGAAUCACUUGGUUCUGUGUCAGUAAUAUGCUCGGAUAAGACAGGUACUCUAACAAAGAAUGAGCAAACAGUAACUGAAGCCUAUGCCGUUGAUGAAACCAUCGUGUUGGAUCCGACCUCGAGCAAAUUUGUCAAUGGGCCUUGGUCCCCUGCGUUGCUCAAGAUACUGGAUAUUGGCGCUCUGUGUAACAAUGCUCAAGUUACCCGAAACGAUGACAAUGCACCCGUGGUUGUUGGGCAAUCAACGGAUGUCGCGUUACUCAAUAUCUUGAGUGUGGUCGGUCUGACGGAUAAGAGAAAUAAUUUCAAACGGAUCUCCGAACGCCCAUUCAACUCUGAACAGAAAUACAUGGCCAUUAGCGGCGUUCACCUGGAUUCGACAACCGGCGCUGGUGGACGCGAAAUGUGUUACUUGAAAGGAUCUAUCGAAGCCCUACUGGAGCGUUGCAAGUACUACUACGUCAAUGAAGAUUCGACCCCCCCAUUGGAUGUCAACAUGCGGAACGCUAUCUUGGGAAAAGCUCAAGCUGUGGCUUCGAGAGGCCUUCGCGUCAUCACGAUAGCAUACGGGUACGGUUCUGUUGAGACUAUAGCCCCAUCCAAGGAUUCAUCUCGCUCAGGCUCACCCGCCAUGAGUCGUUCUUCAUCACCUAGUAUGACUGCGUCUAAUAUGGUGUUCGUGGGUUUCCAAGCUAUGUAUGAUCCUCCUCGGCCUGGCGUCAGAAACUCGAUUGCAGAUCUUCAGCAAGGUGGCGUCAAAGUCGUGAUGAUUACUGGAGACGCAGAACAGACAGCUCUGUCGAUCGCUGGCAAACUAGGGCUAAAUGUUGGACCAAGACAUGGUCAUGGCGGGAGUGUGGACCGUGUAACUCGAAUGGGUGGUCAUGGCCGGACUGGUUCCGUUGCAACUGCGCUCAGCCCGAGCACAUAUUGUUUGACUGGCAAGGCGAUUGAUCAGCUGAGUGAAGCGCAGUUGAGAGAGAGGAUCGGGAAUGUUAGUGUGUUCGCCAGGACGACACCCAGGCAUAAAAUGGCUAUCAUAAAGGCAUUUCAGAGUAGGGGAGAAGUAGUUGCAAUGACUGGAGACGGAGUCAACGAUGCGCCGGCGCUUAAAAUGGCGGACAUUGGAGUUUCUAUGGGUAAAUCUGGAACAGAUGUGGCCAAGGAGGCUGCUGAUGCUAUUCUCGUCGAUGAUAAUUUCAGCACAAUAUUAUCUGCAGUGAAAGAAGGGAAAUCCAUCUUCCAUAAUAUUCAAAAUUUUUUGGCUUUUCAACUUAGUACUGCUGCUGCCGCCCUCACACUCAUCACAUUGAGCACCAUGUUGGGCUUCACCAAUCCACUAAACGCAAUGCAAAUCUUAUUUAUAAAUAUUCUAAUGGAUGGACCUCCUAGUCAAAGUCUCGGUGUAGAUCCUGUAGAUCCCUCUAUCAUGAGCAAACCACCGAGAAAGAAGAACGCCCCGAUUAUCACAAGAAGACUAUUAUACCGUGUGCUGUUUUCCGCGUCAAUGAUCGUGCUUGGAACGUUAUUUGUGUACACGUACGCACUUUCGGAUGACCGGAUGUCGAAACGCGAACAAACUAUGACAUUUACUUCCUUCGUCUUCCUCGACCUCGUUUCCGCAGUACAGAACCGAGGCAUAAACUGUGGGCUCACCCAAAACAAGAUGUUGAUAACGACAGUCUCUAUAUCCGCGGUGACUCAACUGGCACUGAUUUAUGUUCCCUUCAUGCAACGAAUAUUCCAGACGGAUGCGUUGAGCUCGAAGGAUCUGAGCGUUUUGUUGAUGCUAGCAGCAAUCAGUGCGACAUUACAUGAGCUUAGACGAGGCUGGGAGAGACGGACGACUGCUGCUGGAGGGUCGGACGACGAAAGCUGGGCUGGAGUCGUCCAGAAUCGGGUCUGA